UGGCAUUUCAAUUACCUUGCAUGCGCUGUCUGGGCUGGCAUCGACUUGCCUCCUGUCGGGGCCUAGUGAGUCGUGGCUGGACGCGCUGCGAGGCUGCCACUACUAGGUAGGGAACGCGCGGGCAUUCGGCACUGCGGCAGGCACCGAGCUCCAACUAAAAGCAUCCCCACCAUCGUCAUCACAGCUGCGACAGAUCCGCCGAGCACCACCCGGGCCAGCUGACCUACAUCAUCAAGCGAGCAGCGUCGCUUCGAUGCGGCAAGAUGGCUAUCUCGUGGAAGUCGUUCGACUUCUUCGACGUCGCACCCGUCUCCUUCGCCGAUGAUGACGCUCAGCAGCUCUUCGACAGCAACGAGAUAUCCAGCGUCUGUGCGGGCUCCGACAGCCUGUUCGUGGGAUCAAACGAUGGCUUCGUCAGCAUCAUCGGCAAAAGCUGGAAGGUGGUGCGCCGCUUCCAGGCGCAUGAGUCGGGAAGGGUCACCCACAUGCGCCAGGUCGAGGGCACCAGCGUCCUGGUGACGGUCGCGGAGGAUCUCAGCAGUGAACCGGUACUCAAGGCGUGGGCCCUCGACAAGCUCGUCAAGAAGACAAACAUGCCCACCUGCUUGAGCACCCUGACUAUCAACAACGGACGCCGACAGUUUCCUAUAUCUGCCUUUGCCGCGUCCCACGACCUUUCGCAGAUCGCCGUCGGCUUCGGAAACGGCGCCGUCACCGUCCUCCGCGGCGAUCUCAUUCACGAUCUCGGAACGAAGCAGCGCAUAGUGUUCGAGUCCGAAGAGCCGGUGACGGGCGUGCAGCUCGCGACGGACGAGAAGCUGACCACACUCUUCGUAUCCACCACGUCGAGAAUCAUAAAGUUGGGCCUUUCGCGCCGGGGCCAAGGGCUCCCGCCGAAGACUGUCGAGGAUUCAGGAUGCGCCGUCGGAUGCAUGACACUGGACCCCAGCUCAGGCGACGUCGUCGUCGCCCGGGAAGACGCGAUAUACACAUACUUUUUGGAUGGACGUGGUCCGCCCAAGGCCUACGAGUCACCCAAGAGCCUGAUAUCCAUCUACCAAAACUACAUUGCGCUGGCGUGUCCGUCUUCUGGCGCCAACGGAAGGGAUCCAGAUGCCAUGAGACGGCGUUUUGGAGGCGGGGCAACCGAGGCUCUCUUCAAUGCAUCGUCUUUUGUGAUCUUGGAGCCAGACCUGCGCGUCGUCUCACAUACUGAAACACUGAUCUCACCCGUCCGCUUCAUCUUCGAAGUCUGGGGCGAUCUUUUCACCGUCAGCGUCGAGGGCAAAGUCCACCGGUAUCACGAAAAGGCUUUACAGCAGAGGCUGGAGAUGCUGUAUCAGAGGAACAUGUUCCCCCUCGCCAUUGAGCUGGCACAGAACUCGGGCUUGGACAACCAGCAGCAGAGCCUUAUCUACCGCAAGUUCGGCGACCACCUAUAUAAAAAAGCCGACUAUGACGGGGCAAUGGUCCAGUACAUUCGUGCCAUUGAUACUACAGAGCCGUCGCAAGUUAUACGUAAAUUCCUUGACACGCAACGCAUACACAACCUCAUUCAGUACCUGGAACAACUUCAUGAGCAUAGAAAAGCUACGGCCGACCACACCACGCUCCUGCUCAACUGCUAUGCCAAACUCAAGGACAUUGAUAAACUGGAAAAGUUUAUCAAAUCGCCUGGCGACCUCAAGUUUGACCUAGAUACAGCCAUAGCCAUGUGCCGCCAAGGAGGCUAUUACGAGCAGGCUGCAUAUCUUGCCAAGCGGCAUGGAGAGACGGAGCUGGUGGUUGACAUUCUGAUCGAAGACUCCAAGAGCUACGAUGAGGCACUCGACUACAUCUGGCGACAGGACCCGGAAGUCGCCUACCCUUGCCUGCAAAAGUACGCUCGCGUGCUCAUCGAACAUUGUCCCAAGGACGCGACCAGGGUCUUUGUAGACUACUAUACCGGCAAGUAUAGACCCAAACGAACGAUGGCGGUCGUUGCGCAAGACGGCGAGACACCCAUCUCGACGGGCGGCUUUGCUGCUGGCGCGGCGAGUGCCGUGCAGAACCUGUCUAAUCUUCUCCCUCUGCCCUACAUGAACACCUCUUCUAUAGCAAGCCCUGGAACACCGGGAACAGGCAAAAACGCAAUUCAAGAUGCGAUGGAGUCGUUAAACGAAGACGACUAUCCACCACCAAAGUACAAGGCGCCCCCACCGCGAACGGCAUUUUCAUCCUUCAUCGACCACCCAGAUGAGUUCAUUGUGUUUCUAGAGGCGUGCUUGGAGGAACAAGAUCUCGCAACGUCAGACAGGACAGAGCUUUAUACCACGCUGUUCGAGAUGUAUUUGUACAAGUCAACUGAGAAGAAGGGACAACAGCACAGAGAGGAGUGGGAGGCUAAGGCGAAGAAGUUGAUCGAGGGAGAGCAUGUCCCUAUGGAGAGCUCAAACGUUCUGCUCCUUUCGCACCUGUCUGACUUUCGCGACGGCACAGUCUUGGUCAAGGAGCAGGCAGGCCUGUUGUUCGACAUCUUCCGGUCAUACACAUCAGCCAAGGACACAAGGGGCGCGUUGAAGGCGCUGAAAAAAUACGGACCCGAGGAACCGCAACUCUACCCGGCGGCGCUGGCUUACCUCACGUCCGAUUCUCGGGUGCUGCAGGAGGCUGGCUCUGACGAACUGGAGGCUAUCCUGUCCAAGAUUGACAAGGACGGGCUCAUGGCCCCGCUGCAGGUGAUCCAAACGCUCGUGGGGCAGUCGUCUGGAGGGGGCGUGGCAACUAUGGGCAUGGUCAAGCCAUACCUGCAUGAGACGAUCUCGAGAGAGCGCAGGGAGAUCACGCAGAACAAACACCGCAUCGAUACGCUACGGACAGACACGGAGAAGCGACGGACUGAGCUGGCGGACCUGGGAACCAAGCCAGCCGUUUUUCAAGCCACACGGUGCGCCGACUGCGGACAGGGGCUCGACCUCCCGGCGGUGCAUUUCCUCUGCAAGCACAGCUUUCACCAGAGGUGCCUCCGCGGAGGGGCCAGUGAAGGGGACGACGUCGAGUGUCCAAAGUGUGCGAGCGGGAACGAGGUGAUCCGCAAGAUGCGCGAGCAGCAGAAGGAAAGCGCAGAGAAGCACGAGCUGUUUAAGGGAGUGUUGGAGGACAGCGAUGAUAGGUUUGCCACGAUUGCGGACUGGUUCUCACGGGGAGUUAUGGAUGGGCACAAUGGUGAGGCGUAGUUGGCUCACGUAUCACUGGAACUGGCUUGAUGCCUUGUAUGGUGUUGGGAUUAGCCAUGUGUACCUAGACUAAUUGGCGCUCAAAUCGCCCCUUCGCGCAAUUGCAUCACGGGUCACGGUUGUGGUGACUGCGUCAGGAUCGAUCCUGGACACACGCUUGGCUUUGGCGGCGAUCCGCCUCGAGCCCCACGUUCGUGCCAUGGGUUCCGAAGUCUGGAC